AUGGUGAUGGGCAUGGGGCUGCACAAGGAGGUGGUGGACAUGGCUUUGGACAUGAAGCCAUACAAUUUAUCUGAUGAGGCGGUGGACAUAUCGGUGGACAACAAAUUUGGAUCAUUGAAGAACAAGGUUGGGGACAAGGCAUUGGACAAGGGACCGGGCAACAGCGGUGGAAACGUCAGGGGAGGGAGGCAAUAUUUUUUGGGGCCACAAGCAGCUUGGAGAAAAUUCAAUGGAACGCAGCAUUUAGGUUGGGGUUUUGAACAGGGUGAAGGGCAGGAUUGUUUCGGCGCAGAUGGUGAUGAAUCAGAGAGUAUACACAGGCGUGGGCGCGGUGCAGGACAUGGAGGGGGUGGGCAUCUUGGUGGACAGGAAAUUACACACAUCUGCGGAGGAGAAGAUGGUGGUGGACAUGUCGGUGGACAGGAGAUCGUACACAUCGGUGGACAUCGAGGUGGGCAUGGUGACGGACACGGUGGUGGACAUUUAGGCAUUUUUGAGUUACAGCAGGGAUCCACCACUCCCUGGAAACAACACAUCCCAGGACAUGGCCCUGAGGGACAUCCAAAAGGGGGACAGGAAAUAUUGCAGCACUCUGGCUCUGGCUUCCUAAAUGUCAAUCACUUCAAUUAG